AUGGAUGCAUAUUUGGAUGAUCUCAUUACAUGGAUAAAUUCACUGGAUGAUGCGGAAGAAGUAAAGUUGGGGGAUUUUUUUUCGGGUCGAACCAUCGCAGAAGCAUUAUAUAAGAUCGAUCCAUUAUUUUUCAAUGAUAAUUGGCUAAGCAAAAUACCACAUUACGAUCAAGUGGCUAACUGGAGGUUAAAAGCAAAUAAUUUACGUAAAAUUUAUCGUCGACUUUCGGAAUAUUACACAGAUCAAUUGGGAGCGGAGUUAACACCAGAAUGGGUUAUUGACACAACGCGAAUAGCAGAACAUGAUGACUCAGAACUGUUAUGCCGAUUGUUGCAGCUUGUCCUUGGGGCUGCACUCCUUUGUGCAAAUAAUGAAAAGUUUAUACGUCUUUUAAUGAGUCAAAGUGAAUCUGUGCAAAGGACAGCGGUGAAUAUCAUGAGUGAAAUUAAAGAAUUAGUGCCGGAACCAGCAGAAGAAAAGGCGAAAACAGCUGAGACGUCGAGCCUCGAACCGAUAGAAUCGAAGGAACAGGUGGUAAAUCUGAAGAUUAAGGUGGAAAGCUUGGAGCAGGAAUGCACGCAACUUAACGAAAAGUUGAAAGAAGCGUGUACCGAGAGGGAGGCACUUUCUAGUGAUAAUGAGAGUUUGCGACUACGCGUUGAUGAAUUAAGUGAAGGAUCUGUUGAAAUAGAGUCGUUACGAAAACAAAUUCGUUCAUUGCGUUCUAUCCGUGAAAGCACUCAAGAUGCACUUUACAAAGCUGAAGCUGAACGAGACCAUCUGAAAAAAAUAAAUCUGCAGUUACUUGAUGAAAAUGCGGAAUUUCGAAUGAAGAUCCAAGAUAUGGCACCACUGGAAGCGGAAUGCAAGCGGCUAAGGGAUGAACUCGAAGAACAUCGACUUCUUGUGCAAAAGUAUGAGAAGCUUGAUACGCAGAUCAAUAGCUACAAAAGCAAACUAAAGGAAUGGAAGGCACAAAAGACUGAAGUGAAAGUACUAGAAGAUAAAGUAACGACGUACAUGAAAAGUGUCAUUGCGCUUGAGGAUGAACAGCGUAAAAAUGGUGUACUAAAGACUCAGAUUGAAUCAUUACGAUUAGAGAAUUCGGAGUUGGAAACAAAACUGAAUUGCGAAGUUAGAAGAGCUGAUAAGGCUGAAUUCGAGUUCAAACAAUUAAGUGAACGGAUUAGUGAAAUUGAAAAGGAAAAUAAACAUCUUCGGCAAGAACGACAUGAACUCAAUGAACAACUACUUUUGCAGGAAAAUUGCAACAAUGCUCCGUCACUGCACGAUGAAACAGUUGACGCAAAUUCCACCGCUCUUUUGAGAGAACGAAUCGUCCGGUUGGAAACGGAAAAAGAACGUUUGCUAGCUGGAAAUAUGACAGAUGAAGAAAAGCUGGGUUUGAAGAAAGAACUUAGUUUAUUGAAUGUUCAAAAGAGAAAUUUAGAAACGGAGCUCAAAUUGGCGCAAAAUAAAGCGAAUGAGUUGGGGAAACGAAUGAAAGGACUGAACGACAUAAUUGAAUCCGGUAACUUUAUGAACAAUAGUCGGUUAACAGAAGAGCAGACAGCAAAUGAACGGAUGGCUAUUCAAAUAGCACAGCUUGAAGCGAGACUUGAGCAAACAGUGCAUGAUCUGGAGCAGCAGAUUGCUGAUAAGAAAACAUUAAGUGAAGAAUUAACAUUGUCAAAACAACAAGUGAAGAGCGAGAAGGACAGGUUGACGCAUUAUAUGGAAAAAGCACGCCGUAUGAUAGAAGACUUGGAAGAGCAGAAUCGGGCUGUUGAAAGUGGUGCACUAAGCAGACAUGAAUUUGAUUCAAUUCGUCGUGAAAGGGACGCCUACAAACAAACUAUUGAAGCACUGAAAGAAAGUCAUGAACGUAGCCGUACAAUGCAGGAAGAGGAACAACGGUUGUUUACAACUCAUGCUUAUUAUAUGAUGAUGCAACUGCAGCAACAAAAUUCUUCAGUUAAGGAACAUUCCGACGAGAAAAGCUUUCUAACACGACAACGGAAAUGUAAUAACUUCAAUAUUAUGAGUUUGCUGGCUGCAGUUUUAUGCUUGAUGCUUGCUUUAGCCUUCUUUUCGAAGAAUUCUCCAUCACUUUAUAGUGAAGUUUCGUUCACCGGUGUACCGCCUACUUGA